ACAAGAGAAUAGGAAGCGCUGAACACCCAGUGGAAGCCCAUGGCAUGGGCUGGAGGGGGCUCAAGGGUACAGUGCUUGCUUGGCAUGCACCAGGCCCUGGGUUUGAUCCCCAAUACUGCAAACAGACAAACAAAAAAGUGACACUACCUAGGGAGACCCUUGGAUUCCACCCCUGGAGACAUCGUGAGAGACUGCUGCAGAAAGGCCCUAGGAAACAGAUGAAAGGGAUGGCAGAGGGCCCCAAGAGUCUUCAGCAGGGACACCCCUGCCUCAGACCGGGAAAGGGGCCAGGCGGGGUGGGCGGCAGGGUUGGAGGGGAGGGAACAGCCCUGCACACCACAGGCUGGCUGCACCCUCCCCACCUCAGAGCCGUGGGGAGCCCACGGCCUUCAGGGUCACCCCUGGCUCCGGCUCCCUACACAGUUCUGCUGCUGCCUGGGACAAGCCGCCAAGACCCGGGGGCCCAGAACUUCUUCCUCUGGCUGCAGAGGAUGCAGGCCCUGGAGAGAGAGCAGGAUGCCCUGUGGCAGGGGCUGGAGCUGCUGGAGCACGGGCCAGGCCUGGUUCCAAGACCGUCUGAACUGAGGGAGGCUCAGCGACAGACAGCAGCUUUUCUGGGGGCCCCGGGAGAAAAUUUCCUUGAUUCACACCCAGAGCCCGGCGGCCCCCAGUUAGCCCAGAUUCACAAGGUGAAUGUCUGUUUGCAGAAUCUGAUCCAAGGGAAAGUGAGUUUAUUAUUUUUAGUUUAGGCUUUUAGGAAAUGGGGAGGGGGUG